UUUGUAAGCCUCUUGGAUCUAAGUUAGUGGAGUUCAUUUUGAUUUCCUCAACUACUCCUCUUUUUGUGCUCACCCGCAUUUGAUUAAAAUUAAAGUGGUAAAACUGACUUUUGAAAGCACUUUCUGAUUUCUUUUCUCGAAAAUAGGGGCUCUUUUUCAUUUUUUUCUCAUAUUUUUUGGAUCUCCAGAAUCUGGCACAUGCUUCAUUAGUUUUUGCAUUCUGUUACCAUUAAAUUUGUUGUUUUGACUGAGCUAUGUACUUCCCUUAUACCCAUAUUAUCUUACCAAGCUACUAUUUCAGUAAUAAUGUUCUUGAAGACAUACAAGAAAACGGUGGAAGUGUUGGUUUAAGUUGAAGGACUUACAUUACAGACCAUUUAAAUUUCAUUAAGGGCUUGAUGAUAUAUUUUAAUCAUAUGUUUGAAAAUGGUUUCACAGCAAACCUUUUGGUCAUGAAGAGUUGAAUUAGAAUUUUGGAGUAUUUAUCAAUAUGGUUUGCAUAAUCUACUAAAUCAUUUCUGUGGCAUUUUAUUGCAGGUUUGUUUUAGUAAAAUUGUCUGAUAUUCGCAAAGAAGUUCAAUGUCCAAUCUGCCUAGGGAUCAUUCGCAAAACAAGAACAGUUAUGGAAUGCUUGCAUCGCUUCUGUAGGGAAUGCAUUGACAAAUCUAUGCGGAUGGGGAAUAACGAGUGCCCUGCUUGCCGCACGCAUUGUGCCAGUCGCCGAUCUUUGAGAGAUGAUCCAAACUAUGAUGCCCUAAUUGCAGCCCUGUAUCCAGAUAUUGACAAAUUCGAAGAGGAGGAAUUGGCUCUCCAUGAGGAAGAGAUGACUCGUAAUAAGCAGAUCCAAGAUUCAAUUGCCCAAACUUUGAAGCGACAAUCAGAAGCUCUGGGUAGGAAACGGACUGCUAAGACCACACCAACUGCAAUCCCGAGGAGAACUCAAAAUCGAUAUCGAGGGAGGAGAAACUAUCGAAAUUCUGAACUUCAAAUAUCAGAUGACGAGGCUGCAAACGGAGAUGGGAGCAAAGACUCUUCUUCUGCUGAUGAACACUCUACAGAAAGCAAAACAAAGCGGUACAAACGAUGGAGUGGAGAUCGGUUUUCUCAUCCUUCCUCAGCUGCCAGUGCAGAUGGGGGCAUUGAUGGGAAUGAAUCUUGUGAAGCAAACAGAGAAUCCAUUUGUAUAUCUGCAAUGCUUCUUAGCCCCUCAGAAAGGCUUGCCUGGGGCAAAGGUGGUAUACGCAGUCACACACGUCAUGGAAGUACUAGUUGUGGCAAUGGUAGGAAUGCUAGGAACAGUCGCAUCUUGAAGUUGGUGGAUCAUCUCCGGAACCUAGAUGCAAAUAAUGAUGAGCUGGAUAUCCAGCUAAUGAUGGUUCCUGUUGGUGAAGAAAGAAUACCGAGCUUACAGAAGCCUUACCUCUGCUGCAAGCCCACUUUGUCUGUAAUGCAGCUCUGCCAGUACGUUGCUCUGCAUACUGCCCUGCAAGCUGAUGAAAUUGAAAUGCACUUGGUAAAGGAGUUAAAUUCCACUAUCAACUCAUCAGCAUCAAUGGUAACCAAGUAUACCACAGUAGAUCCAUGUAGAGAUAAGUUGCAAGUUUUAAACCAGGAAGAAACUUUGGGAGCACUUGAAACACACAAUCUAAGUCAUGGUCAUUUGCUUCUGGCGUACCGGAGAAAGUCAUAGAACUCAGAAGGAGUAAAGCAAAGUAACUUCUACUUUUUUAAGAAUAAGCAGCAGCAGCAGCAGUCACAUGGAAGAGUGUAUAUGGUACCAUAGAUAUUAUUAUUAUUCUUUCAAUGUUCAUAGGCGAAUCCACACACAGGAUCUCAUGUAGAUUUAUCUAUCUUUUACAGUUUCUAUGUGCCACGAUGGUUUGUCCCAUUUAUAUAUACAGAGUCAACCUUUUAGUUCUAAGUAGUGAGAAAUAACUAAACUUUAUAUCA